AAUCAAAGACAAUAGACUGUACAGUUCCUACACGUCAUUUAUCAGUAAUCAGUAAUCAGUAUCAUUGAUCUGCAGUGAUUGGUCAGAGACAGAGUCAGUAUCAUAUACAACAUACAACUACAAAUACAGCUGUAUCAGCAUCAGCAUUAACAUUAGCAUCAGUAUCAGCAUCAUGCAUAAAGCGAUUAGCAUUUGGAAGACAAGUUUAUUUAGAAUUAUAUUAGCAUGUUUUGGAACACAUACAACCAGUUUGAUGGUGGGGCUGUGUCAAGGCUACAGUGCGAUCUUGAUUCCUCAACUAAUGGUCGAUUCAAAUAUGAUUAUUGACAGUGAAUCAGGAAGUUGGAUUGCAUCGUUAGGAGUAAUUUCAAAUCCAAUUGGAGCAAUCGUUGCUGGAUUUUUAAGUGAAUGGUGUGGUCGAAAACGUACUGUUCAAAUGUCAUCGAUACCAUAUUUUAUGGGCUGGUUAAUAAUAUCACAAUCUAUGGAUAAUUAUUCAUUGGGAAUUGGGCGAUUUAUCACUGGACUGGGAGUCGGUAUGAUCACAACAACAUUCACAUAUAUCGCUGAAAUCACACCAGCCAGUCAACGUGGAGUAUUAUCAGCAUUUGGACCGGUAGUGACAUCUUUUGGAGUGCUCUUAAUCUAUGUAAUGGGAUAUUUUUUCCAUUGGCAAUUAGUGGCAGUCGUUUGUGUAGUUAUAUCAACAUUUGUCAUUGUUAUUAUGCAAAUUAUCCCAGAAAGUCCACCAUGGUUGAUUGGCAAAGAGCGUUUCAUUGAAGCAUUCAACGCUCUUAAAUGGCUAAACAUGAACAACAUGACUGCAGCGGAAAAAGACUUUACAGCGUUGUUACUAAAUUGUAAAUUUGAGAAUAAUGUAAAUAAACUUCAUGUCUUAGAACAAAUACGAAAUGAAACUAUUGAUAAGAACGGUUCUGGCACGUAUUGUCCAAAUUGUGUGUUGGACGAUUUAAAAAUUUACCCAAAUUUAGAUCCACAAUUAUUUAUACAAAAUGAAAAGAAUCAAAAUCACGAGUCAGACAACACAAAACAAAAAUGUAUCAAUAAUAGUAAAUCAGCAACAGUGACACCAGAACAUAUUCAAUCCAAGAUCGCUACAAUUCUAUCACCAAGAACUUAUAAGCCAUUUGUGAUUCUGAUAAUGUUCUUCCUGUUUCAAGAGUUGAGUGGCAUUUACAUAAUUCUAUUCUAUUCGGUGAACUUCCUGGACUCAGUUGGUAUCAAUUUGAACGAUUACAUCGGCACUAUCAUUGUAGGGUCAUUAAGGUUCGUUGCAAGCAUUAUAGGUGCAAUGCUUAUACAGAAGUAUGCACGAAAAACUUUAGCAACGAUCUCUGGAGGUGGAAUGUGCGUGUUUUUAAUAAUAUGUGGCAGCUAUUUAAAAUAUAACGAGUAUAUGAACAAAGAUUGUGAUGCAAAUGCAACAGACUCAAACGCAAACUUAAGCUCAGUGUGUGAGACACUUUAUAGUGAACACUUCAUCUUCAAAUGGAUACCUUUGAUAUCAAUUCUGAGCGCUGUCAUGUUCAGUAUGUUUGGCUUCUUACAAUUACCAUACGUCAUGAACUCAGAACUGUUCCCGCUGCAAGUACGUGGCAUCAUGUCCGGUUUUGUACUCAGUAUUGCAAACAUAUUUAUAUUCAUCAGCAUAAAAGUGUAUCCAAAUAUGUUGGAGUAUUUAAGUGUGUCAUCCAUUUUGUUUUUGUUUGGGUGUACCUCGUUGAUGGGCGCAAUCUAUUGUUAUUUAUUUUUACCAGAAACUAACAAUAAAAGUUUAAGUGAAAUAGAGGCUAGUUUUACAGAAUCUUCAUCCUCAUGUAAUACUAAUAAUAGUAAUCUAAGUAAAAAAUCAACUAUAUCAAAAUUAGUAAAUAGUAACAAUAGUAAUAAUGAUAGUAGUUUUAAUUCUGUUGAUGAAUCAGUAUCAGUACCAAUAGAAGCAGAAGAAGAUGAGUCUAAGUCGUAUGUGAACCAAAGUUACACACAUGACGAAGAUCAACAUGUAUGAAACUAACUGAUCAUUGAUAAUCAAUGAUCAUGUUCUGAUUAUGGUUGUGAGCUAUACUCAACGGAAAUAUAGUUUUGGCACUUCAUUUAUCUUAAAUACAAAAACAUGGAUUAUCAUAUAUGUGGUGCCGCUAGUACUAGCACUUUUUUAGUGAGCGGUCAGUAAAUGAAUUGAGCAAUCUGCACUCAUUUAUACUUACACUUAUCUAAAUACUAAAUAGGUAAACCAGACCUAUACUAAUACUUACUGUACAUUUGUUUUUUUUUUUGUUUUUUUUUUAUCUCAGUGUAGUCAGUGUGGGACGGUCCUAACAAUAAAGUAUAAAAGGACUAGGCUAGUGUAUAUAAGACUAUUGUUUUUAUUACUAUUACUAUAUUAGGCUAGACUAGUCUAGACUGGACCAGACUGGACUAGUUUAGACUAGACUAGGCUAGGCUAUAACCUUACUAGACUAGUGUUUGAUUGAUUUUGAUGUAUACUCGAUGCAGAUCAUUUCGUGCCUUAUUCACAUUUGUUCUUGUAAAUGGUAACAGAUAGGAAAUCACUUUAAAUUAGAAAGUUAUUUGUUUUUUUAUAAAAUAAUAAGUACGUUCUAGCA